AUGUCCAAGCUGCUGAAGCUGUUGAUAUCAUUUUUGGAAGUAUCAGUGCUCAUGACGUCCGCCAACCCGCUGGCCGCACUUAUGACAAUGCGGGUGAGGUGGUACCGUCUGGUGUUACUCUCCUACUUGCAGCCGUUGGCCUACUCGAUGAAGCGGACGUAUUUCUCGACGUUGGGGCUGGUGUUGGCAACGUGCUUGCGCAGGUAG